GCUAUGUAAACAAUGUGCAGCUAAUUUAGCGUCUCUCGUGAAUCGGGGUUGGACCAAUCGUCGGAAUAGCCUAACUAUGCCUUGUUUAUCUUAUUUACUUUUUCAUCUUCUCUGUGAAGUUUUGUUUGAGCUGAAUUUUCCUCCCGGAAAUAACGGAAACGUCGAGUGUUAGCUUAGCCUGUUAGCUUGACACAGACAGUGUUACAGAACAGACCGUUUCUGAAUGAGUUUACGGAGAUAAUAGUUCCUGCUGUGAUUAUUUGAAAACGUCAGCUUCGGAAAAAUACGACAAGCAGAGAUGGAGGAAACGACACAGAGUGAGCAGAUGCACUCUGACUGUGAUGACGUCCAGAAGGUGGUGGUGAUCAAAGAGGAGCUUCCUGCUGAGGAGGAGAUCUGGAGUCCCCGACUGGAUCAGGAGGAAAAGAACCCUCUGCAGAUUAAAGAGGAGCAGGAGCAGAAUGAGAUAAUAAAGUUUAUAUUCAAUCCUCUCACUGUGAAGAGUGAAGAUGAAGAAAAACCUCCGCUCUUAGAUCUUCAUCACAUCCAAACUGAGGGGAACAGAGACUCUGUUGGACCAAAACCAGAACAAUAUGUAGAAUCAGAUGUUGAAGAUAAAAGUGUUGGUUCAUCUUCAGAUUCCUCAGAGAUGGACGUCAGUGAUGAAAAUGGGGAGGAGAUCAGUGAAAGUAAGGCAGGUUUUGGAUCUGGGAAAAUUAAAAAAGUUCUUGUUGGUGAAAGAGGUUUCAGUCCUGGUCCUCUGGAGAGUGAAGAUGUUGAAGAGAAAGCUCAGCUUCAUCAUGGCAAAACCAAGAACAGAGACUUUGUGGAACCAGAUGAAUGUUUAGAAUCAGAUCCUGCAGACAAAACUUCUGAUUCAGAGACUGACGUUAGUGAUGGAAAGUGGGAGGAGAGUGUUCAAACACAAUUAGUGACCAAUAGUGAGUCCUCUGGUGGUUUCAGCUGCUCUGAGUGUAGUAAAACCUUCACUCGCAGACGGUAUUUAUCAGAACACCAGAGAAUCCACACAGGAGUGAAACCCUUCAGCUGCUCCGUCUGCAGCAGAGCUUUCAGAUGGAAAAACGGAUUAGUGCGACACAUGAAAUCCCACAGUGGAGAAAAACCUUUUAGCUGCUCAGACUGUGACAAAACUUUUUCUUCUAAGAAGAAUUUGAUGGAACACACAAAGGUUCACUCAGGGGAAAAACCUUACACUUGUUCCAUCUGUAACACAUCUUUUAAGAGAGCACACACCUUGAAAGACCACAUCAGAACACACACUGGAGAGAGACCCCAUAAGUGCUCGAUCUGCAACCAAAGCUUUCGGUACCGGUCCUAUCUAGUUGUUCAUAUAAGAGCUCACGCAGAAGAGAAACCGUUCAGCUGUCCCACCUGUAAAGCAACGUUCAAACGGAAACUCACUUUAGAGGAGCACAUCAGAACCCACACUGGAGAGAAACCGUACAGCUGUUCACUGUGCAGUAAAAGCUACGUUCGCUAUAUAAGCCUUUCUCGCCACAUGAGGUGUCACACAGGAGAGAAACCAUACAGCUGCUCCACCUGUCAGGCCACAUUCAGGUGGAGACAUGCCUUUGUGAAUCACACAAAGAUCCAUCCUAGGUUCAGCAGGAGGGAAAACGUAACUCGUCACAUGAGGUGUCACACCGAGGAAAAACCUUUUGGCUGCUUGGUUUGUGAACAAAAGUUCAGCCGAAAGGAGAGUCUGACGUAUCACAUGAGCUACCACACUAAAGAAAAACCUCACAGCUGUUCCAUCUGUAGCAAAGCUUUCACUUCAAAACGAAAUCUAAUGGCGCACGGGAGAGUCCACACCGAUGAAAGGCCGUUCAGCUGCUCUUUCUGCAAGGCCACUUUCAAGCGAAAAUAUACGCUUGUGGAGCACACUAGGAGCCACACCGGACAGAAACCAUACCAAUGCUCAAUGUGUGGCCAGAGCUUCAGUCAUGGCAUCAGCCUGACCCGUCACAUGAGGUGUCACACAGGACAGAAACCCUACAGUUGUCCCAUCUGUAAGGCUGCUUUCAAACUGAAGAACGCCUUGAUGGAGCACACCAGGAUUCACACGGGAGAGAAACCAUUCAACUGCACCAUCUGUAAGGCUGCAUUCAGGAGGAACCAGGACGUUGUGAAGCACACCAAGAUCCAUGCAGGUGUCCAGCAGUUGUUGGUGAUUAAAGUGGAGCCUUCACAUCAGGAGAGCAGCUCUAGUCCCAAAGUGGUCCAGGAGCAGCCUAACCCUCCACAGAUUAAGGAGGAAGAAGAGGAGACUGAGAUUACAGAGCUCAGAUUACCUGCCAUCCCGAUGAAGAGCAGAGAUGUUCAAAACAAAUCUCUGUCGUCACAAAUUCAUCUCAGCCAAGCUGAGGAGAGCAGAGACUCUGAGAACCUGAAGCCAAGUCUGGAUGAGCAUUUACAGUCAUCCUUCGACAAAGAGUCGGGUUUAGACUCUCUGCAGAACAGCCCCGUUAGCGUAACUGCCUGCAAGAGCGGCAAGAAGCUCCACAGCUGCUCCGAGUGCAUAACCGAAUCGGAUGGACGGACUGACGGGGAGCAGGCUGGCCGUGUCUCUGUGUUUGUGUUUGAGGCAGCAGCUAAAAUGUCAUCGCUGGAGGAUCUGAGGUUAAAACCCUCCGAUGAAUCAACCAAAACUAACGACGUCCAGCAGCUGAAAGUAAUCAAAGAGGAGCAAGCCCGCUGUCCCAAACUGGACCAGGAUCACCAGAACCACCCACAGAUUAAAGAAGAGCAGGAGGAAGUUGAAAUUUUUGAGUUCAAAUUUAGUAACAUCAAGAGUGAAGAGGAUGAAGAGAAAUCUCAGUCUACAAAGCUUCAUCAAACCCUGACUGAAGAGAAUGGAGACUUUAUGGGACCAGAACCAGAUGAAUGUUCAGAAUCAGAUCAUGAAGAAAAAAGUUCUGGUUCUUCAGAGACUGAUAUCAGCGAUGGAAACUGGGAGGAGAGCAGUGAACCACAGCCAAGUUUGAAAUCAGGUGAUAUAAUCUGUGACAUAGAGUAUAAACUACACACCUGCAGUGAUUGCGGGAAAGCGUUCAGUCGCAGGGAACGUCUGUUGAGACACAGAAAAGUCCACACAGGAGGGAGACCCUUCAGCUGCUCUUUUUGUGAUGCAACUUUUAAAAGAAAGUAUACUUUAGAGCAACACCUGAGAACUCACACAGGCGAGAAACCAUUCAGCUGCUCCAUCUGUGGCCAAAGCUACCGACACAGUGUGGGACUGAGCCGUCACAUGAGGAGCCACACAGGGGAAAAACCGUACACCUGCUCCUUCUGUAAGGCCACCUUCAGAUGGAAAAACACUUUCCUGGAGCACACGAGGAUCCACACGGGGGAAAAACCCUUCAGCUGUGCUGUCUGUAACGCAACGUUCACAUGGAAAAAUUCCUAUGUGGAACACAUGAGAAUUCAUACGGGAGAAAGACCCUACGGCUGCACCCUGUGUGAUGCAUCCUUCAAAAGAAAAUAUACUCUAAAGCAGCACAUGAGAACCCACACGGGUGAGAAACCUUUCAUCUGCUCCAUCUGCAGCCAGAGUUAUCGACACAAUGUGGGUUUGAACCGUCAUAUGAGGAGUCACACAGGGGAGAAAGCUUACACCUGCACCGUGUGCAAGGCUGCUUUUAAAUGGAAGAACGCUUUGAUGGAGCACACAAGAAUCCACACAGGAGAAAAACCUUUCAGCUGCUCUGUCUGUGCAGCAGCUUUUAGGAGGAAACAGGAUUUUCUGAAGCACACAAGAGUUCACAGCGGAGAAAAAGCCUUUAGUUGUUCCGUUUGCGGUCAAGGAUUCAGCAAAAUCUUAUAUUUAAAUUCUCACAUGAGAAUUCAUGAAGGACAGGAACCGUUGUGCUCUGCUGUCUGAUGACUAAAAAAUCACCUUAAAUGUGUUCGCAGCAGCAGAUGAGACUAUUUAAAAGGUAAAAAAAAAAAACCUCUAAAAUGUUGCUUCAACAUUGUAGAAAGAAGCAAAACCCCUGGCUGUGGGGAUUUUACUAAAGUGGCCUGGAUUUAUUGAUGUUCAUAAAAAAGUUUUUAAAAAAUCACAUUUUCUUGGUAUUUGGACGUAGUGACUUUAAAAAAAAAAGAAAUCUCAAUCAGGGAUAUGAUUGAGAUUUCAGCUAUGGUACUUUUUAACACCCUUAUCACAUAAUUAAAUUGUUAACUGGACUAUGUAGAACUGGAAGAUGACAGAUGUUCCCUGAACAUGGAUACUAAACACAGAAAUUAGGAUGCAAUUCCUUCUUGUGAAAGUUUUUCUCAUUCAGUUUCAGUUCAGUUUCUCUCCAUCCUAAUUUGUCAAAUUAGAAUAAAAAGUUAUUUUAGACUAAAGCAUGAUUCUAUAAGCUGCACUGAAUUAUGAGCUUUAUUGGACUAAAAUAAAGCUCAUGAUUCAGUGCAUUGAAUUGCACCAGAUCAUUGCCUUCUCUGUGUGAAAUCACUAAUGUGCUAUUUGUUGAAGCAUCGCAUCGUUCCAAGUUCAUCAUGACUCAGUUUUAGUUCAUGUGGAACACAUUUCUAAUGUGAAAUAAACUUGAGCUGUACAUUGCCAA